CGUUAUUGCAGUCGUCACAGUUUAGUGUUCUUAAUCUGUGCGUCCAUGUACACAUAUAUGUCGUUUAUUAGACUCUAUUAAAUUGAGUAAACAUCGUUAAUAACUGUUUGCAUCCGUUUAUAUUAAUCUGAGCGCACUUUGAUGCUUCUCGAGCUAGUUUAGCUUGCUAGUUAGCUUAGCUUGUUAGCUGCUAACAAAGAGAGGCGGAAGUGAUCAAAACACAUCGCUAAGCAGAGAUCAAGUGUGAGUGUAAAGUGUUGUGAUUGUCUGAAAAUGUGCGAAAGAACGGUAGCAGAGUACGAGGAGGAACUUUGUCCAACAAAAGAGGAGAAGGAGCGACAACAUCAAAAACAUCAAGUUGUGUUACACAGAACAGACAUCCAUCAGCUGAUUGAACACCAAGAAGAAUGUCUCCCUCAUCUGCAGGGGGUCAGUUUCACUUUAGAGGAUCCACAGCCCUCACAUUAUAAAGGGGACGAGGAGGAUCCACAGCCCCCCUAUUUUAAAGAGGAAGAGGAGGGAGAGUGUCCUGUAGGGCAGGGGGAGGCUGAUCUCAGCCAGUUUCCACUGGCUGUUGUCCCUGUGAAGACUGAAGACCAUGAAGACAAACCACCUGAGUCCUCACAGCUUCAUCACAGUCCAAACGUCUGUGAAGAACAUCUUCUCCCUGAGCAACACAAGUCGAGCUUCAGGAUGGAGAAGGAGGAGCCACAACCGCCCCACAAUAAGGAGGAAGACGAGUCGCCACAGACAUGGCACAUUAAAAAAGAAGAGAAGGACCCACUGACCCCCAAUUGUAAAAAGGAAAAGGAGGACCCACUGACCUCGUAUUUUAAAGAGGAAAUGGAGGCACAAGAGACCCUGCACAAUAAAAAGGAAAAUGGCCCACUGAUCUCCCACUUUAAAGAGGAAGAGGAGGAGCCAAAGUCCCCCCACAUUAAGGAAGAAGAAGAAGAAGAGAAACACAGCAUCAGUCAGGAGGGAGAGCAUCUUGAAUGGUUGGAGGAGUUCCCUGUGAUUGGUGUCCCUGUGAAGAGUGAAGAUGAUGAGGUCAAAGGUGAAAGUGAGGAGAAGAGAGAGGCGGAGCCUCCAAGCAGCAGCUCAACUCAACACAUGACAACAAAAGCUGAUGGAGACCACUGUGGAGGAUCACAAGCAGACAAGAUCUUAGCUCCACUAUCAGAUAGUGAGGACACAACGUCACACUCUCCUGACACUGAUGAUGAAGACUCUAAAGAUGAUAAGACAUGUCACACUGACAACACACACUUCACAUGUUCUCAAUGUGACAAAACUUUUAAAUACCAUUGUCGUCUAAAAACACACAUGAGAAUACACAUGUGUGUAAACCCUUUUUCUUGCUCAGAAUGUGGUAAAAGUUUUGUAACAAAUCAGAAUUUGAAAGUACACAUGAGAACACACACUGGAGAAAAACCUUUCGUGUGCUCAAUUUGUAGUAAAAGAUUCACCCAGAAGGCACAUUUGAUAAACCACACAAAAAUACACACUGGUGUAAAACCUUAUUCAUGCUCAGUAUGUGGUAAAAACUUUACACAAAGUAAUGAUUUGAAAAGACACAUGAGAAUACACACUGGAGAAAAACCUUUUUUCUGCUUAAAAUGUGGUAAAGGGUUCAAACAAAGUAUUUGUUUGAAAUACCACAUGGGGAUACACACUGGAGAAAAACCUUUUUCCUGCUCUGAAUGUGGUAAAGAUUUUAGACUUAAACAAAUGCUCAAACAACACAUGAAAAUACACACUAGAGAAAAACCUUUUUCUUGUGCAAUCUGUUGCAAAGAUUUUGCAAUACCUAACUCUUUCAAAGUUCACAUGAGAAUGCACACUAGAUACAACCCUUUACCUGUACAAUCUGUUGUAAACGUUUUGGAUGAAGUCUCUAUUUAAAAAAACUAAACAUGAGAAAACACAGGUGAGAGAGUGUUGUAUUGCAGUGUGUGAACUGGCAGAACUUAAAUAAUGACUUUCUAACAUCAGCACAUAUAACAUGUGUGACAUAAUUGUUGUGUGUGUAACACAAUUGUGUUAAUAUCAUCCAAAUAUUUAUAGAUUAGAUAUUUUAGAUUAGUGUUUUUUUUUAAUUUAUAGUUAAAUACAUGUGUUGUUAUGUAAUCUUGGGUACUUUGAUUUAGAAAUGAAGAGAACAAUUUGACUGAAAAGGUGAGAGUAAAAAGUACAUAACAUAUGUUCUUCUGGACCACUUCUGGAAACAUUAUUAUUUACUUUAUACAUCAUUUGAGCAGUUGUGUUUUAUACAAGAUCAUUUACUUUUAAAAUGUGUGACUUGUUGGGUCUCUAUAAUCCAUUCUGUUAAUUAUCUUUAUUACUCUCUUUUGUAAUAUGAAUUAUGAAUAAAUGAUAAAUGGGUUAUACUUGUAUAGCGCUUUUCUACCUUCAAAGUACUCAAAGCGCUUUGACAGUAUUUUCACAUUCAUCCAUUCACACACACAUUCACACACUGAUGGCGGGAGCUGCCAUGCAAGGCACUAACCAGCAGCCAUCAGGAGCAAGGGUGAAGUGUCUUGCCCAAGGACACAACGGACGUGACUAGGAUGGUAGAAGGUGGGGAUUGAACCCCAGUAACCAGCAACCCUCCGAUUGCUGGCACAGCCACUCUACCAACUUCGGCACGCCGUCCCUACUGUUUUGUGAUUGUUUUGUA